GCGAACGCAGCUUUGUGCGCAGCCUGUGCACUUGCCCACCCGGGCGACCGCGACAACUGCGACCGCGGUAUAUCGUUAUUGCUACCGACGAGCWCGACAUACGGCACCGGGUCGUGGCCGAGUUCCGAGAUAAGAAUAMAAUUAUUGAAAAAAUACCGUCCACGUGGUAGGUUAACCUAACCUCCGCCAUGGAGGCCAUCGGACACAAGCUCUUUCAGCUCGGUGACCCCGAGGGAAAAGGGUUCAUCGUGAGGCGGGACAUGCAAAAAUUAAAAGACGAGCUCUCGAUGACYCCGGAACAAUUGGAGAUCGUAUUUGAUACAUUGGAUGUCGAGCAAAAGGGUUACCUCACACUCAGUCAGUUUUUGGAAAAGUUCAGUGAGAGCGUAGGACAUUUAGAAAACAUAUGCAAGGCAGCCUCGCAAAUGGAACCGGACAGUGAUGCGGUCUCGGUGGGCCGCGUCGAAGCGUUUCUCAGAGCACUGCACGUGGACCUGGUAAAGAUGGUCGAACGCGACAGGGAGCUGGAAGAGAUCUUACAGAGCCGCGAGAUCCAACACCAAAACAACAUGCAAAAACUAUUCGAAGAACUUGAAUCUCAUUUCCGCGAAGAGCAAGAAAAGACCAAACUUGAAGACCAGAGAAAAUUCCGGUUAGAACUAACCGCGUUGGAAAACGAACUGGCCGAUAAGGAGGAUAGGUUCCGAGCCGCUGUAUCGACUAGGCAAGAAUUCGCCGGACAGCUAGUGGCGGCCCAACAGCGUGAACUGGCGGUUAUGGCGGAAAACGCCAAACUUAUCGAAACCCGUGAAAGGCUGUUGAAUGAUUUGGACGCGGAACGGGCUAAAACCUGUCAGCUUGAAGAAAUCAUAGAGAGGACCAAUGUGGAGUCCGCCGCGGACAAUGAGAAACACUUCAAACAAGGGUUCUACGUGGCGAAAAAUUUGGUCUCCAUGAAAGAAGAAGGACUUUUGCAACAAUUAGAAAUCCUUCAGGACAUGAAAAACAUACUGUUGAACUGACACUCGGGCAGCGUCAUUAUCACCGCCAUACUCAACCUAAAUUUCUCUGUUAAUGGUACGAUUCGAAUAUCUAAUAAAACGCAACUAAAGAC